UGUUGUCUAUUUUGUUGCUUAAUAACACGUCAAAAUUAAAUACUCUCUACUCUACUUUUUACAUUGUUUAGAUCACUACUGUGGAUCACUAAAUAUAUUAUAUUUGUUCCAAAAUUAUGGAUGAUGACGAAGAGCUUGCGAUUCCAGUACCAAUCAAUAACGACUUAGAACGUCGCAUAGCCGAUGCUUUCGAGGUAUUUGAUCACGCUGGCAAUAAAACAGUUGAUGUGAGAGAAGUGGGUACCAUAGUGAGAGGUUUGGGUUGUUGUCCCACCGAGGCAGAAGUCCAAGAAAUCAUAGUAGCCGUGGAAGAUCCAGAAACGGCCGGCAGCAUCCACUUAUCCAGAUUCCUGCCGUAUAUCUCACAAAUUAUCACUGAACACAAAUAUGAGCCGGCCAGUCCUGAGGAACUACUAAAAGCAUUCCAUACAGUAGAUGUCGAACAAAGGGGUUUCUUAACAAAAGAAUGCGUUUCUACCCUUAUGACACAGGGCGGAGAACCAUUUAAUCAGGAUGAAUUGGACGAAAUGCUCGAAAUCGCUAUUGAUCCUCAUACUCAAACAGUACCAUACGAGUAUUACAUCAAUCAAUUGAUGUAUGAACCUGAAGGCGAACAUAAUGUUUAUAACUUGGCUGACAGGGUAGAAGCUGAAAAACCCCCACCUGUAAUCGUGACCCGUAGAAUGUCCUCCUAUUUAAAAAAUGCUGCUAAUAUCUUAUAACAUCCAAAUUGAUGAAAUUCAACCUCAAAAUACAACUCAAAAAACAUAAAAAUACACUUACAAUAUGCUCCAAACCUUCUUCCACAGUAUGAUCUCUGGAAAAUACUAGGCUAGCUUUUGUUGUCUGGAUAGCCACAGGAC